CAGACGAAUGGAGGAGUUUGUAAAUGAAACUAAAAUGUGGACAAUUUUCUUCGUCGCCUGUGUGGCGACUGUGUUCGCCCGGGACUCUUACAUUGUAAUCGUGCCCUCGGACGUCCGUCCUGGUGUACCCCUCAACGUCAGUGUUAACAUCUUACAAGCUCACGCCAACGUCAACGUAAGGGCGGACCUGAUUCAGAAGACCUCAAAUACACACGUAGCUACAGCUCACGGAACCUUCUCUCAAAAUGUUCCGGAUACCUUACAAAUCCAGGUACCAGACAACUUGGGUCCGGGAUCUUACAAAGUAGCAGUUCGCGGGAGCCAUGGUUUAAAGUUUUCUAAUGAAACAGAUCUGAACUACCAGUCUAAGAGCGUAUCUAUCUUCAUCCAGACGGACAAAGCCAUGUACAAACCAGGGCAAACCGUUCAUUUCCGCGCCUUUGCUAUCUAUCCAAACAUGAGCACCUACACAGGAGCCAUGGAUAUUGAGAUUUAUGACCCAAAUACUAACAAAAUCAAACAGAUUCUGGGGGCCAGAGACAUUACGGGUGUAGUGACAAACUACCUGGAGGUGGAUUCUCAGCCUGUUCUAGGGGACUGGAAGAUAAAAGUCACAGCGCAUGGAAAAUCCACAGAGAAAACAUUUACUAUCGCCCAUUAUGUUCUACCGAAAUUUGAGGUUAAUGUGGAACUUCCAUCAUUUGCUUUGACGUCAGAUGACAGUCUCCAUGGAACCAUCAAAGCCAGAUAUACAUAUGGAAAACCAGUUGAAGGAACCGUGAAAAUUCGCGCCAAGAAUGAAUUUUGGUACAGACCUUGGAAUUUUCACGGAGAGGAACCUAUGGUGGAACAAUCUCUGACUCUGACUAACGGCGAAGCCAAGUUCACGCUGUCUGGCCUAAGUACACUCAAUCGUUACCUCAACGGACGCUCCAUCGUGGUGGAAGCCAAUGUCACCGAAAGUCUGACAAAAAUAACAUUGAAUGGCACAGGCAAAAUUCAGUUCCACCAACAUGCCGAGAAAAUGGAAUUUCUUGAUUCAAAUCCAAACACAUUUAAGCCCGGGUUACCCUAUACUGCAUACGUCCGAGUAACUCGCCAGGACGGGAGUCCGAUAACCGGAAGGAAGGAGUCUGUUGUCCUCCACAACACCGUCACAGCCGAGCUUCCGCCGCCCUCUACCACCCCUCUCUAUUACUACGGGCCUCAGAGUAUGAACUACAAACUGGCUGACCAGACAUUCACUCUCCCAGACACAGGAGUUGUGGCCAUACAGGUUCAGAUUCCGGAAAAUGCUACCCGUGUCAGUCUGCGUGCGGAAUAUGGACACGUUACAAGCUACAAAUCUCUUCAAAAGAGUUAUUCACCAAGUGAAAGCUACAUGCAGUUGUUCCUUAGAUCUACUACCUUGAGUGCGGGAAAUGUGGCCAACUUCGAUGUUCAGUCAACACAGGGAGUGCUACAGCUGACUUACCAGAUUUUAUCACGUGGGUCAAUUGUUCACACCGGCUCAGUAGACGGAAACAACAGAAAAGCAUUCACUUUUAGCGUACCAAUUACUGAUAAAAUGGCACCAAACGCCAGGAUUGUGACCUACUACGUCAGGAAUGAUGGAGAAAUCGUCACCGACAGCAUCAGCUUCAACGUCGCUGGAGUCUUCCAAAAUCAGGUAUCACUGAGUUUUGACAAGACCAAAGCUCAACCAGGCGAGAAUGUCAACGUCCGUGUUACAGCAGACCCAAUGUCAACAGUCAAUCUUUUGGCGGUAGAUCAAAGUGUUCUGUUACUGAAAUCCGGAAAUGACAUCACUCAAGAACAGGUUAUUGAUGAACUGAAAACAUACGAUACCAUUCACCACCAAAACAACGGACCUGUUUUCUUUGGCGGAGGAGGAAUUAUGCCUUUAGGGAGAAAGAAGCGCAUGAUAUGGUGGCCUUACCCCACCUACUACGGAGGAUCUGACGCCUCGCAGAUAUUUUCAAAUGCUGGGGUGAAAAUCAUGACCGACGCUUUGGUGUUUAAGCACCACGAACCUCCAAGAUUUUAUGAGUUCAUGAAACCUAUGGCGGCAGUUCAAGGACUACCAGUUAAUGGAAUAGCGGCUCUUCCAGCCAUAUCUCCAAAUAUUCCAGCGUUCCAGACAAUAAGCCAACCAUUGAAAGAUAUAGAUCACAUUCGGAAUGUUUUUCCGGAGACAUGGUUGUGGAAUAAUGCUUCUAUAGGAUCUGAUGGUCACGUUCAGAUUUCUACCACUGUCCCAGACACCAUUACGUCUUGGAUUGCCAGUGCUUUUGCCAUCAAUAGUGUGUCUGGACUCGGUAUUGCGGACACUACUGCCAAGAUCGAGGCUUUCAAACCAUUCUUUGUCAGUCUGAAUUUGCCAUAUUCCGUAGUACGUGGUGAGCAAGUUGUUCUACAGGCCAAUGUCUUCAACUACCUAACACAAGACACAGACGUAUUGGUUACCCUAGAGAAGAACGAUGAUUUCCGCAGCAUCGUGAUGGACUCCAGUAACAACCCGACCUAUGUAUCCCAGACACAGACCUCAACAGUUCACGUGGCUGCUGGACAAGCGAAGUCCGUAUUCUUUCCUAUCGUCCCCGCUGGGCUGGGAAUGGUCGACUUUACUGUGAAAGCACAGUCCACACUGGCGGCUGAUGGCGUUAAACGUCAACUUUUAGUAGAGCCCGAAGGAGUGCCAAAGGAAUACAACACACCAGUUCUAAUUGACCUAAAAGACGCAAGUACCUUCACCAAAGAUAUACCAAUUUCAUUGCCCCCAUCAGUAGUAGCUGGGUCACAGCAUGUGCGAGUGACUGCUAUUGGAGAUUUAAUGGGACCUACGGUCAAUAAUCUGGAUAAACUUCUGGUCAUGCCUUACGGAUGCGGUGAACAAACCAUGAUUGGCUUUGCACCAGACGUCUUCGUUACAAAUUAUCUUUCUGCUACACAUCAACUUUCGUCUGAUAUUGCAGACAAGGCCAUUGGAUUUAUGGAAAAGGGUUAUCAGAGAGAGCUGACAUUCCAACACAAAGAUGGUUCUUUUAGCGCUUUUGGAGAUAAUGAUAAAUCCGGUAGUAUGUGGUUAACAGCCUUCGUUGCGAAAUCCUUCCACCAAGCAAAGUCUCAUAUUUUCAUUGAUGACGAAACGCUGCAAAGGGCCAUUGAUUGGAUGAUCAGCCGACAGAACGCAGACGGAUCAUUCCCAGAGCCCGGUCGUGUAAUCCACAAGAAUAUGCAGGGCGGGUCUGCCUCUGGGCCAGGACUAACUGCUUUUGUUCUCAUCUCUUUGCUGGAAAACAAUGAUCUCAAAGGAGGUGUGGCCCAAAGAAUCCAAACAGCUAGUCAUAAGGCUGUGACGUACCUGGAAGGACGUGUGUCUCAGCUGACAGAUGAUUACGCUCUUGCCAUUGCCAGUUAUGCACUUGCGUUGGCAAAAUCUGGUUCUGCUACAUCAACGUUUACCCGCCUCAAUAACGACGCGGUUGUGAAAGACGGAAUGAAACAUUGGCACAAGGCCAAGACACAAACAAACUCUCACCACUACUGGUCACCACCUCACCAGCAGUCAAAUCCAGUCGACAUUGAGAUGACGUCAUACGCUCUCCUUGUGUAUGCUGCCAACGACCAGUUCACCGACGGACUGCCGGUCAUGAAGUGGGUUACCUCACAAAGGAAUCCCCGUGGUGGAUUUAGUUCCACGCAGGAUACCGUGCUGGCUCUCCAGGCCCUCUCCGAGUUCGCCAAAAUGGCAUACUCCAACAACUUUGACAUCCAGAUGACGGUGACUACCGGAAGUUUCUCUCACCAGUUCUCUGUCAAUGCCAGGAAUGCCCUUCUUCUUCAGUCUGUAGAGCUGCCAUCUGUACCAAGUCAAGUGACUGUAUCGGCCACAGGACAUGGACUGGGACUUGUUGAGGUGUCCGUUUUCUUCAAUGUGGAACAAGAAAUCCAAGAACCGUCUUUUGAUAUGACCGUUACGUUGGUCAAGGAUACAUUGGAUGCCAUUCAGAUUGAAACAUGUGCACACUGGCUGAAGGUUGGGGCUAGUGGAAUGACUGUACAAGAGUUUGGUGUUCCAACAGGGUUCGAAGCGGAUCUCGAGAGUAUUACUCAACUGCCCACAUUGAAGAAGAUUGAAACAGAAAACAAAAAAAUAAUUUUGUAUUUAGACGAGAUUACCACUUCUCCAACUUGUAUCGUAGUGGAUAUGUACCGCACGGGAUUGGUCGCCAAAACGCAGCCUGCACCUAUCAGAAUAUAUGAUUACUAUGAACCAGCGAACCAGGUGACGAAAUUUUACCAGUCCCAGCGCCUUAAGAAUUCCAACAUUUGUGACGUUUGUCAGGACUGCGGGUGUUCACCAUAGACAAAUCUUGGACAAUAUUGUUGUUUAAAUUUUGAAGAAAAAGAAUUGGAAUCGUCAAUUUCAUAUAUGUUAUAUAAUCAAUCCCAUGCACUCUGAUAAAAUGAAUGUGUUGUUAUUGUGUAUUGUUUUCCACAAUGCUUUAUCAUUAUUAAAGCUGCUUCAAAGUU